CAAAUUUUUAGUAAAAAUCCGUAGAUUUCAACAGCAACUAUUUUGUUCCUUAAUACAAAGAUUAGUUACUUUAUUAGAAUAUAAUAUACUACUAGUAUAUGAUAACAUACUUUAUCCAAGAAAUACUAAAAUCACUCACUUAUCGGAAACAUUAUCAAAGCAACGUUACGUUGAGGAGCGUGCCACUGUGACUGUACCAUUAUCACACGUCAUCCUUCCAUGUAUAUAUCUGUUUUUUUUACGUUUCUCUCUUUUUAUUUUCUUAAUUCCGAGUUUUGACUCGCAAUCUCAACGAAGAUCGUAGAGAGAAACCGAGCUCGAAAAUGGCUUCACGAACGAAGGGGAAGACGACGAUAGAAGUUGGUGGCGAUGGGGUUGCCGUCAUAACACUCAUCAACCCUCCCGUCAAUUCGCUAUCAUUUGACGUGCUAGACAACCUCAAAAGUAAUUACGAGGAAGCCUUGAGCAGGAAUGAUGUUAAAGCCAUUGUUAUUACGGGUGCAAAGGGGAAGUUCUCUGGUGGCUUUGAUAUUUCUGGUUUUGGUGAAAUUCAGAAAGGAACAAGGAAAGAGCCGAAAGUUGGAUACAUCUCAAUUGACAUCAUAACCGAUUUGCUUGAAGCUGCUAGGAAACCGUCUGUUGCUGCCAUUGAUGGGCUUGCCUUGGGAGGAGGGUUAGAGCUUUCCAUGGCUUGCCAUGCAAGGAUAUCAGCUCCUGGUGCACAGCUGGGUCUGCCCGAGCUGCAGCUCGGUGUUAUUCCUGGGUUUGGAGGAACACAGCGUCUUCCACGUCUUGUUGGUCUCACAAAAGCCCUUGAAAUGAUUUUGACUUCUAAGCCGGUUAAAGCAGAGGAAGGUCAUUCAUUGGGUCUUAUUGAUGCUGUCGUGCCACCUGCUGAGUUACUGAACGCUGCUCGUCGCUGGGCCCUUGACAUAGCCGAGAGGAGAAAACCAUGGGUUUCUAGUGUUUUAAAGACUGAUAAGUUGCCUCCCCUUGGAGAGGCAAGGGAGAUACUGAAGUUUGCCAAGGAGCAGACACGCAAGCAAGCCCCCAAUAUGAAACAUCCCUUGAUGUGCCUUGAGGCUGUUGAAGUGGGUAUUGUUUCUGGUCCAAGGGCUGGUUUACAAAAGGAGGCUGAAGUCGGCGCACAAGUGGUACGCCUGGAUACCACCAAAAGCUUGAUCCAUGUCUUCUUUUCUCAGCGUGGAACUUCAAAGGUUCCUGGUGUUACUGACCGUGGGUUGGUGCCUAGGAAGAUAAAAAAGGUAGCCAUAAUUGGGGGCGGGUUAAUGGGAUCUGGAAUAGCCACUGCAUUGAUUCUCAGUAACUAUCCUGUGGUUCUCAAGGAGGUAAAUGAGAAGUUCCUGGAGGCAGGAAUUGGCAGAGUCAAAGCUAAUCUUCAGAGUCGUGUAAAGAAAGGAAGGAUGUCUCAGGAAAAGUUUGAGAAAACCAUGUCUCUCCUUAAGGGUUCUCUUGACUAUGAAAGCUUUAGGGAUGUGGACAUGGUUAUCGAGGCCGUCAUUGAGAAUAUAUCUUUGAAGCAGCAAAUUUUUGCUGAUCUAGAGAAGUACUGUCCUCAACAUUGUAUCCUUGCUAGCAACACAUCCACCAUCGAUUUGAACAAAAUUGGGGAGCGGACCAAGUCCCAGGAUCGGAUUGUCGGAGCACAUUUUUUCAGUCCAGCACAUGUCAUGCCACUACUUGAAAUAGUUCGGACGGACCAUACCUCUGCUCAAGUAAUUGUUGACCUGUUAGAUGUUGGAAAGAAGAUUAAGAAAACACCAGUCGUGGUGGGAAACUGCACAGGUUUUGCAGUGAAUAGGAUGUUCUUCCCAUACACACAGGCAGCUAUGUUCCUUGCUGAGCAUGGAACAGAUCCAUAUCUAAUCGACAGGGCAGCCAGCAAGUUUGGAAUGCCAAUGGGCCCUUUCAGACUGUGUGACUUGGUUGGAUUCGGUGUGGCCAUUGCAACCGCAACGCAAUUCAUUGAGAACUUCCCAGAACGGACGAACAAGUCAAUGAUUAUCCCACUCAUGCAAGAAGACAAGAGAGCUGGUGAAGCCACUGGUAAAGGUUUCUAUCUGUAUGAUGAUAAGCGCAAGGCUAAACCUGAUCCUGAACUAAAGAAAUAUAUCGAGAAGGCAAGGAGCAUGUCUGGUGUAAGCGUUGACCCUAAGUUGGCGAAACUGUCGGAGAAGGAAAUUAUCGAAAUGAUGUUUUUCCCAGUAGUGAACGAGGCGUGUAGAGUUUUUGCGGAAGGUAUUGCUGUCAAAGCAUCAGACCUUGACAUCGCUGGCAUAAUGGGAAUGGGUUUUCCACCUUACAGAGGAGGAAUCAUGCACUGGGCUGAUUCCAUUGGAUCGAAAUACAUCCACUCGAAGCUAGAUGAGUGGUCCAAGAGUUAUGGUGAUUUCUUCGUGCCUUGUGCUUUCUUGGCUGAAAGGGCAUCUAAAGGAGCUCCUCUGAGCGCUCCCUUGGAACAAGCCAGGUCGCGGUUGUAAGCUCAGCGUUUCAACGGAAACCACUUCUUCGUUGCAGCAUCUUCUAUGUUUUCUUUAUGUCCACAAUUACUCCGGAAAGUUGGGGGAUCUUUGGCCUCUGGAGUCUUUAAAAUAAAGUCUCGUCUCAGACAGAUGAAUCUGGGAGAAAGUAGAAAGUAAGUUCGAGUAGCAAUAAGAUUUGUUUAAUGUUAUGUAUGAUGCUUUGUCUUACAAAGUCGUUAGAUACAUUUGUUAUAAAGCUCUAUGGAGCAAGUUCUAUGAUCUAUUGAUAAUGUCGUUUGACAUUUUUUUCUUCUUUACUUCUAUUUAAAGGAGGUCAUAUAUAUACUCCAUGGCACUUAUUUUUUAUUGCUGGGAUCUGGAUAUAUAAUUAGUGAGUGUGGUUACAC